GAAGGAGACAGAAAACACACACAGAGAGACAGAGACAAACACACAGAGACAGAUAGACAGACAGCAGAUAAGAAUUUUUAGAACUAAGAAAUCUCUGUGCUCAAGAAUCUGAGGCAGGAGAUUGUGGUUUAAGGCCAGCCUAGGCUACAUAGCAAAAUUCUGUCUCAACAACAAAAAUAAGACAAAAACCAAGUGACAAGCAUAACUGAAUUGAGGAUAGUAAAAUUGUGUGAAUUGUCUUUAAUUCUGUGAUGUUGGGAAUCCUGCUGCCACAAAACCUUCAUACAGAGGCAUUCCCAUGUGUUAGAAUCCUCUAUCCUAAAAUUAAUAAAUAUUUUUAGUGUAUUGAGAUCUAUCAAGUUUCUUUCUGAAGCAAAAGUACUACAAACAUAUCCUCUACAUCUUUGUCAAUAUUAGAAUAUAUAAAUAUUUGUUCCUAAUUUUGUUCAUUAUCUGUCCAUCCAUCCAUGCAUCCAUCCAUCCAUCCAUCUGUCCAUCUAUCCAUCCACCCACCCACUCAUCCAUCGGAGAUGCAUUACAAAAGGCAUUUGGGUUGAAAGUUGAAUAGUUAAUUGAGUGUUAAAUUCAGUAUUUGCUCAAGGCCAAAUUCUCUUUAAUUGUAGGUUCCCUAUCCAAGGCUACAUUUAAGACUUUAAUUACUAAAAGCUUUACAUUUUUAACACUAAGUGCAAGACCAGAAGAUGUUCUCCAGUGUCAGCUGCUAGAUGUCACCUCAGGCCCCUGUAUUCACACCUGUGAGGCAAUGUAGGCCCUGCUGUCAGCUCCAGUGUAAGUCACAUUGCUGACUUUUUGUUUAUAAGGGAAGAUAAUCCUCAAAGAUACUUUCUGGUUACAUAUUUUUAGAAACAAUGACACCUAAAUUUUGUACCUUUUCAGUUUCUGUAAUUGUUGAAGAUGUCUCCGUCUGCAUUGAUCAUUCUGCUAAGUUUUUGAUUCCAGGUUUUAAUUCCCGCAAUUCAUAAGACAACAAAGUAUUUUUUUUUUUAAAGAAGUAGUGUCUUAGCUGUUGUUUUGCAUUUCGGUUAGUGAGAAUGAAUGUGUUCGGAGAACUACUAUGUAAUUUUCUAAGACUUUAAUUUUUUUCAUGUAAUUUACAUUUUUAUUAUAUCUGGAUAAAGGAAGGUAUGUGAGGAGUGUUAUUGUACAUAGAUUUUGGAACUUUUCUCAUUCAAUUUAGAGACUUCACAUUGACAUUUUGCUUUAAUUUACUUUUUAAGAUACAAGUAAUUCCUAAAUAGAGUUUCCUUAAAAAACCCAGGACUUAAAUAGAAUCAAAUAACUGGGAAUUAAAUAAAGCUCCUAAAAUAUAUUUUAACGUUACAGAUGCUUAUAUGUCAAACAGUCUGUACUAGUUAGAAUUACCAAUGUCAUCUCUGUUAGUCUUGCUUAUAUGAUUACUUAAAUUCUAAUAAAAUAUAUACAGGCUCAAAGAGUAAUUAUAUCUUAUGUCAUGUGGAUAACAAUUUACUCAUAUAUUUGUAUUAAUCAUGUCUAUUUCCCUGUUUAUUUCAUUACUUACAUGCUCAACUUUUACAGAUAAAAUUCACAGUCUUAUCUGUCACUGUUAACGGUCACGGAACUUUACUCUGGCAAUAUUAAAUAGAUCCAUGGAGGUAGGAUGGUGACACAUGGACCCAUAAGGAAAAUGGCACCUCAGGCUAGAUGUGGACUGCUCAGCCACUUGACAGGAGACCGUUAGUGACAUGGGAGUGUGGGGUGGAUGUGACGCUCUUCUGUAUAAUCCCUGUGUCACUGAGCAUGAUCACGCCAGGUGAGACGCUGAAGUAAAUGCCAAGCCCUCCAAAGACUGAUCUCUAUUCUGAAGCUGUGGAGGGGAUCUGAGCUGAGGCCAGUUUUUGGUACUGUGUCUCCAUUCACAAUUCACUAUGUUUAAAAGCAAUUUCCAUGAUUAUUUGAAUUUCUUUGCUGAGGAUGAAUAUAGCUUCUUGUUCAAUUCAAGCAUCUUUCCAUUAAAUCUUUUAGCCCUCAGAGAAAAUCACACACAUAAAUGCAAUUACUUUGAAUGGUACACCGAGUCACUAUGUGACAUCAUCCAGCAUCAGAAAGGGUCAGCUUCGGCCGUCCACAUUUUGUUUAUGCCAGAGUUAUUAUUGCCAGAGUGACCACACACUCCCCAGUGCUAAACUGUCCUGAAGAAAAAUUAUGUCAGUGAUGAUGUCAUAAUAUAGUUCACCCAUAAACAUUUAGUGUGUUACUCUAAAACAUUAGAAUGUAAAAGCCCUAUCUCUUUCUACCACUGUACAGUUUAAGUACCAACUUCUCGAUGGUUUGCAUUAUCUAGUUAGUAUUAUUAAAUUUCCUUGAUUGCAUCAGAAGAUUUUUCUCAAAAUGUAUUCAGAGAGGCACCUGAACCCAACCAAGACAUUGUAAUUCACUUUUGUUAGGUUUCCUCCUACAUCCUCUCAUAAUUUGUAAUUUGUGUCUCAAAGAAGCCAUGUCAUUGGUCUUUACAGUUCCUUGCAGUUUGAAUUAUGCCAACUGCAUGAUAUUGUGUCAUGAAACAUGUUUUUCUCUUUGUAGUCUCUGUAAAUUGGUAGUCAUAUCUAGGGAAUUGAUCAGAUUCGGGUUCAAUUUACUUUGGAAAGAACACUUACUGAUGGAAUUUUUGUUCUCCUGUCUUUUCCUAUUGUCAAUGGUGCAGCAGUGAAUAAUUUUGUACACCUUAGCCAAGUUGUUUUUCUGAUAUAUUUCUAAAAAUGAUGUCGCUAGGUCAUAGUUAAUCAAUGAAAACAUCUAAUGUAUAGCUGUAUUACCUUUUGUGGGGCUUGUAUCAUUUUCUAUUCCCGUUAGAGUUUGAGAGUGAGCAUGUUUCACCAGUGCCUUGUAGAAUACUUUGUUAAGCCACUGCUACUCUGGCAGCUGAAGAAUUGCAUCUUAGGGUAGCAUUUCUUUGUUAUGUCGACAGUUCUUUAUUGAUAGCGCUCACAGAACAUCCCGGUGAAUUUUGAGAAAUGUGUGAACACAUGCAUUAAUGCUCCAGCUGUACCCUGCUUAUGGAUGUUCUAUUUCUGAACGUGGAUUCUCGGACCCAUGGGUCUUUUGUAGUAUUUCAGAAGGCUUAGUUGGGUCUUCUUAUCUUAGAUAAUCAUAAAUAGACUUUUCUUUCUGAUUUUUUAAUGAAUUCAUUAUUUUUGACAUUCUUUCCUCAAAGUAUUUUAAGUCACCAGCAUUCUGCAUACAUUAUCAUCACCUUAAAGAUGAUUUUAUAUGGCUUGUUACCCAGGAAGAUGAAUUGGAAUCAUGUAGAAAUCUCUGCUGAAGAUACAACUUUAAAUCUUUGAGUUCUUUUAAAAGCCUUUUUUUUUCUUUUCCAUUUGUGGCCUGAGGAUACGAGUAGAGUUGAUGGCUGAAUUUCCCAAAACAAAACAAAAAACAACAAUUAAGACGUUGCACAAAGUGUUGGAACUGUUCAAUGAAAAAUACUCCAAAAAGCCAUAGAGACGUCAAGGGCUGCGAAAGAGCAGAUGCUGAUCAAGCAACACAAGCAGGUGUGGUGGCAGGAACAGGAGAGGCUGAAGGGGAUCAGAUGUAAAUUGGAGUCUGAAAUAAGAUCUUGUCUCAAUGAGGAGAGCAUUGGGAGUGAAUGUUUUUGUGAGCUUAUGAAUUUUGAGAAAGAGCUGUCAGAAGAGUGGUGUGCGUACCUUACAGCUGUCAUUGAUCCUAUUCAGCAGCUGAGAACGGGCCUGAAGAGAUGGUACCCCACUUCUCAGAGUGCACCCUGCCAUGAGGGCUCAGACGCAACUGAGGUUCUGGAAGAGGUUGACUUUGUCAAGAAACAAUCCAAGGCUGCCUUUGAAAGACUUCAUCAGGAGCAAUGGCACUUAGAGGAAGACCUUUUGGACUUGAGUGUGAAGUUACUAGAUCACUCUUCAGAAGAAAAACCUAACUUGCUCAGCGAACAGCCCAUGGAGUUAGUAACGUUGGACUGCCCAUACCCAGAUCUGAAAUCGUCAAUCCUUAACGAGUUCUGUAACUUUACAGAGAGAUAUCAAGAGAAACUUGAAGAUUUUGAUCUGCAAUUAGAAGACAUACGCAGUAACUUCCAACUAAGUGCAGAAGAGCACUGGACUUACCAGGCUGUCUUAGACCAGUAUCCCGGAAAUCUCCUUGGCAGAAGAGCUCUGUACUUGGACAUGUUGCAAAGAUAUUUCCCUCACAAGUCCAGGCAUCAUUUGGUAGAACACGAGAAAUACUGUGACCAGUAUCACUUUGCUAGAGAGCAGAGAAGAAUCCUGAUAGACAAUUGGAGCAGGAGCAGGAAAGACUUUAUACAGAAAGCCAUGCUGACUCUCCUCGAAGCCUGUGCAGCCCAUGAAAUGGGGAGCCUUCUGGCCAAGGACAGGAGACGGCAACAGGAACUAUGUGCUGACCUGAAAGCCAAGGUUUCUCAAUGGCGAGCCCAACAAGAAGAGCUAUCAAGACUGGAAAUGGAAAUUUCAGCCAGAAGAAGAGAAAGGGAAGAAGAGAAAGAGAAAUUGUGGAAAAAGAAGGAAUUGCUACGAAGGGAGGAGACAGAGAUUAAGAUAAGAAAAUACUGGGCUAUGAAACAGCAGAAGUGGCAAGAAAUGGAAAAGAGAGAUCUCCGGCGUCUGGAAGAGCUGAAGAAGUUAAUGGCAGAACAGUCAGUGAAAGACAGAGAAAGGGUUAAAUAUAGACAAGAAUUGUUGGAGAAGCGUUUGAUGGAGAGAAAAAAAUUGGCCCUUCAAGAAGUCCAGGAAGAAGAAGAGAGAGAAAGGCGGCUGGAAGCCCUACGAAAGCAGGUUGCUGUUGCUGUCCAGUCUGACCCAGUUAGAAUGAUGUCAGAGACACUGGCCUGGAAAGCAAGGACAGGCUCUGAAAGUGAGGAAGAAUUCAUCCUUCAAAAGCCGCUCUUCACACUGACUACAUACAACGAGCAACAGAUAAUUUCCGAUCCUCGACUUCGAUUUGAGUUAGCACUUCGAGAAGCUGGACUCCAUAAAACACAGUAUGCCAAAGAGAUGUUACCAAAAAUUGGUCCUCAGAAGCCUCCAAGGAAGGACACAGAAUCGACCGUGUUCAAGGUCUAGAGGGUACAUGAGAACGAACACUGCGUGAAUACGGAUAGUGAUGGGCCUGCUUCUAAAUGCUUAGAAAAAGACUGCACAGAGAAAUCACAGCAUUUAUUAAACAACCUUCCCUUUUUUUAGCUUCAAAGUUUUGUUCGCCAUUUGCUUUUUCUUUAAAUAACAUGUAUUAUUACCAAAUUUACCAAAAUUAUCAGACUUCAGUAUAGAUGUUGUCAUUUGGCAAGCUGUUAUUUUGGAGGUUGGUUUUUUUUUUUUUUUUCUAUGAAGAGGAGCUGAAAAUAACCAUUUUCAAGGGUUGUCUACUCCACAGGUACAUGCAUUUCAGCUUGUUACUUCAGUAUUUGAUGUUUAAUUAUGGAAGCUUAAUUAUCAUUAAUACGUCUAUUGUUUCUUGGUUAUUCUAAGAGGAGAUUCAACUUUUCUCUAAAUUUAGAAAUCAGUUUGGUACAUCAUGUUUAUGGCAAACCAAUUAUCUGAACACUCUCAGUUUACAAAUCUGGCUUUAAAAGAAAUUAGACAGUGUCACUAUCACGGGAAUACCUGUUUUUGUUUUUAACUGAGAAGACAUGGCAGUGUGGUUGUUUAGAAAGAAAAACUGAAAUUUUAUGAUACUUGAAAAGUUAUUAAAAGUUCCUAAUUAUCUAAGAAAUCCCUAGAUGAAUUUCUUGAAAAGAAGUAUCUCAAAUAAAGCCUGCCUAUAAAAUUUUGGCUAUCUCCAAAAGGAAGCAAGAAAAAUUUUCAGUAAGAAAAUGUGUUUUUUAAAACUUCUAGGUGCCAAUCACAGUAAGGAGACUGAUGACUUUUUUUUUCUUUAUUUUUCUUUGCUGCCAUUUCCUGUAUUUCCUGUCCACACCUAGACCCCAGGGGUGUUAUCUCUAGGUAGUUCUGAGAAUGCUCUGAAAACCACAAAACCCAGGGCUGAGGAUGGAGCUCAGCUAGGACACUUGCCUAGAAGCCCAAAGCUCUGACUCUGAUCCCCAGCGCCCCAUAAACUGGAUGUGGUGGGAAACAUGAGUCUAGCACUUGGGAGAUGGGAAGCAAGAGUAUCAGAGGUCAAGGUCAUCCUUGGAUAUAUAGUCAUUUACAGCCAGCCUGCAAUAUAGGAGACCCUGCUGAAAAAAAGAGAGAAAGAUAGGAGAGAGCAGGCAAGGAGAGAUGAAGGGAUUGGGAAGAGAAAAAAGGACAUCACAGAAAACAGGCUGAUUGGGGCUUGUCGUGACCACCCACAGCAUGGCAAGUGUGCACAAAAUCAGCCCAGCCUGUCAGAAUACAUUGGCUUCUCUAUAAGAGUUCUACGGAGUGGGUGGGGGUGGAGACCUUAUCCACAUCCCAGGAUCCAUCCCAAUGCUUCCCUACUUCUGCUCUUUACAGCACUAUAAUGUCUCAUCAAAGAAUGGAGAAGUCUUAGGAAAAGGUAGAGAGUGGUAGGCAUGGAUGUCUUGGGGGGUCUUUCUAGGGGUCGAAGUGUUAUUUUAUGGGACCCUGACCAUAAACCCAUGGAAAACUGCUGUGACAAAAAUCAUCGUGUGCAAAACAGCGCGAUAUGGAUGCUGCUGAGCCUGUGGAUCCUUACUGUCCUGGAUGUCCACACCAAAGUCAUGGGAUUGUGUCCAAACACUAUUGACACAUUAACUCUUUUACACUCUCUUAAGAGCUAAAGAUUUGGGCUGGAGAGAUGGCUCAGCAGUUAAGAGCACUGACUGCUCUUCCAGGGGUCCUGAGUUUAAUUCUCAGCAACCAACCACAUGGUGGCUCUCACAACCAUUUGUAAUGGGGAUCCGAUGCCCUCUUCUGGUGUAUAUGAAGACACUGUACUCACAUAAAUAAAAAUAAAUAAAUAAAUAUUACAAAAACAAAGAGCUAAAGACUCGUAGCUGGAACCACCUUGGGCAUGUGGCACUGCUGUUCUGAGAAAGGGAGACAUCCUACACUGUGGUUGUGAGGAAAAUUGAGUGGAUAUAUGCAUAGCAAAGCAGACUAGCCAUUGCCUACACCCAGACUCGGUCUCUGACUGUUUUCUUCAUUAUUUUUAAAGAAGUUGUAUUAAUAGUAGAUGUUAAUCCCUGAGUACACACUGAAUGCUUAGCAUUAGCAUGUGCUUUCUGUAUGGUACUUGAUCAUCCUCACAGCCUUAUGAUAGGGUUCUUGUCAUUUUAAAGAUCUAGAAAUAAGUUCAGAAAGAUAAAACAAUAUACAUUUAUCAGUUGCCUUCAAAUAGAGGCCUUAAACCAAUAGGUGGAGGCCAACCUAGGCUACAUGAUGUAUCCAAAGUAUCCAAUGUCUCCAAAGCCAAAGGAGCACAAAGCAACUGUAUGGUAGAACAUUCUUACUUAGGAACACUUGGGAGGUAGAAGCAGGAAGAUCAGAGGUUCAAGGCCAGCCUCAGCUUUAUAGCCAGUCUGAGGAUAGGUGGAGUAUAUCAGACAUUGUCUCAAAGAAAGACAAAGGAAAUAAGUAUGUGUUAGUGUGGAUUGGAGAGCACUGCCUGCUGAGGUGACACUUAUUACAAUCUUUGAUCCAGCAACUCUCAAUCUAGAUGUGUGCUAUCAAGAAACUCCUACACCCGUGUGUAGGGAGGAAGAAAUGGGGCUUCACAAAGAAAAACAAACUACAUCUCAUCAGGAGUAAGCUGGACGGACAGAAAAACUAUGAAAUAUUUGUUUAUAGAAUUACAUAUCUCAAAGGAAAUAGGGAGAAAUGUAUUGAUAUGGACAGGAUAUUUACCAAAAGGAGUGAAAUGUCAUAUUUCAUUUAUCUAAAAAGAAAAAAAUCCUGCCAAGAUAAUCUGUAUUGCUUAUGGGUACAAGGAAGGCAACAGAAUAGAGAAAUGAAAUAAAAUAAAGUAAAAUAAAUAAAAUAAAAUAACAGUGACUAGGGAGACAGACAGGAUUGAAGAGCCACAAGUUCCUGAAGCUGUUGUAUUACUUAACCAGGGAUGUUGUUACAGUGUUUCUGAUUAUUUGGAGUGCAUAAAUAUAGUUUAUAUAGUUACAGGCCAAAUAAAUUCCAGAACAAUAAAAAAGCAAGUAAUUACAAGCAUAAUGUAGCCAUAUACAUGUACAUCAACAACAGUAGUUUCAGAAAGUUCUGUAAUAAUAGCCCUAAUUUGAGUACAUUUUUGAGGUAAGAAGACCCGUCUCUUCUUGGGAGUAUUACUUUCUUGACAUAUAGAAUUCCCUUAAUGUUUUUGUUCCCCAGUAUAGUGCCCUGCUACACUUUGAUCCUUGCUGGUCUAGUUUUCCUGGGUGGCUUAAAAAGAAAAAAAGAAAAAAAAGGAAUAUGUACCUAAGAACACCAAGUGCGUACAUGCAUGUGUAUUGGCUUAUAACAAUAACAAAAAUUUAUUUCUUGGGAGUGCUCUAAAACUAAUUGAAACUGUCCUGAAGAGAUGGCUCAGCAGUUAAAAGCACGUGCUGCUCUUGCAGAGUGCCGCAGACCCUCUGGGUCCCUUUGUCUGCGUGGACGGGUCUCUGGGUGCAGAUGGGCAAGGAGUUGGCAAAAUGACAGACAGAUGCACACAGGAGAUUGUGUAGAAUCUGAAUGUAUUUUUUCAGGUCGAACAUCAAACUUUUUAUACAGCAGAAUAGCAAGAAACCAGACGAGAUACAAUCCACCAAGUUACAUAAUACAAAAGGAAUGUAUACAUCAAAAGAAGGCAGGGACCAGGCCGCUGCCAUUAAGAAGGGAGCCAGGUGUAAAGCUAGUCUAUUGUUAAGCCCAUCACCAGGGGUUCUACUUUAACAGACCUUCUCAUGAAUAUUGCAAUACCACAACCCCCCUAUUUCCUGGGCCCUGAUAAUUUCUAGUAACUUUUAAGUAUCUGUGGAGAAUCUCCAUUUGUCAGAAGAAUUCACCAGCUUGCUUCUAAUAUGCAAUGUAGCCUGUACUGAAAAUUUCUAUCUCAGUGGGAUUCUGGCUCUUUCAUGGUAUUCCCUUGUUUGGGUGAGAUUUGCUACUGUCCUUAGUAAAUACUCUGCAGACCAGCCCUGAGCUGCUGGCUCCAUCUUUUGUAAUACUUAAUUAGUUACUGAAUAGGUAACUUCCUUACUGUAUUACUACUAGAUUCCAAGCUUGUUGGCUUCAAGCAUUUUCUAGGACAUUGGAACACUGGCGAAGGCUCUGGCUAUGUCAGAAUUCAAUCUUAAAAGACACUUAUAAUAAAAUAAUACUAAAAGAGAGCAUGUGGAUCCAUACACCAGAUUAAUGCGGGGAUAGGGUAUGAGUAUACGGGUUAAUGAGAGCGCCAAAGCUCCAGGAGGUGAGUUUCUGUGAAACUCUUAGCCUUGUGAGUGCUUCCAGGCCUCUCGGCCUGCCAAGCAAACUUCACUGGAGUGUGUGUAGCAGCAGAGGACCCCAGUUUGGUUUCUUCCACCCAUAUCAGGAAGCUCAUAACUACCUGUAACAUCAGCUCCAGAUGUUCUGAUGACAUUCUCUUCUAGCCUCUGUAGUCAUCUAUACUCAAAUGCAUACACACACAUAUACAACUUACAUAAGUCUCAAAGAAAGAAAGAAGGAAGGAAAGAAGAAGGAAAGAAAGGGAAGAUGGAAGGAAAGAAAAAGGAGGGAAAAGCCCCACUACCUUUGAUCCCAUUGUUAGUGAUGGUAUCCUCAGAUUCAUCUCUCAAUCUUUGAGGGUGAUGGGCUGCCUCCAUUUGGAAGAAGACUAUAUUAUCUGUCUUGUAGGAAGGCCCUUACUUCCUCCUAAAUCCAGCGUGGGCUCCCUUUUACUUUCUCUUGAGGAGGGUACUGCACUCAUGUUGAGUUUUGAGUUUUCUUCCUACCCAAUGCUACAUGAAUUCUGUUGCUGCUCAUUUUAUUUCUUAUAUCUUUAAUCCUUCCUUGAGUUUACAAAUAUGUUGGAAUAGAUCCCAGCAUUUGGAUGAAUCUCUGUCAACCUCAUGUUGUCCUCUAACUACUCCUCAGCUACUUCUUGCCACUCAAGGAACACCUUCAAAGAGCUGCCUGUAGACACUGGAUGCCUCUCUAGUCUCCCCAUUACUGUUUCACACUCAGAUCCAGCCACUCCGAUCCAGUCUUGUGCUGUUCUGGUACUGUUCUUAGCUAGGUCACCAAAGAAUUCCAUGCUUGUUAAUGAUGGGCCUAAACCUCUGUCCCACUGACUUGGUAGCAGCUUUUGGUCCAGGUAGCAGCAGCCCACCUUGGAACAAGUUCUUCUCCUGGUUUAUGUUACUCUACCUGUUUUCCUUCCUGCUAUGUUGGCUGUGUCUCAGUUUCCUUGGCCGUCUCUCCCCCAGCUCUAUACACAGGAGUAUUCUGGGAUUGUAGCCUUUAGGCUGAUUGCACUUUACUGUGGUCACCCAUGGGGACAUCCUUAAGCUUUAUAGGUUUAUUUUUCAUUGGUUUAGGGGCAUCUUUUGGGGUUUUUUUGUUUGUUUGGUUGGUUGGGUUUUUUUGUUUGUUUGUUUUUUUGUUUUGUUUUUUUCGAGACAAGGUUUCUCUGUAUAGCCCUGACUGUCCUGGAAUUCACUUUGUAGACCAGGCUGGCCUCAAACUCAGAAAUCCACCUGCCUCUGCUUCCCGAGUGCUGGGAUUAAGUGCCACCACGCCCGGUUUAGGGACAUCUUUUAAUAUAUAGUUCUUACCUUCUCUGCCUGUUCACCCCUAGGAUUAUAUUUAUCGAAACACAAACAUUUACACGUACAUAGCACUUUCUAUGGCACACUUUGUGCCUCAGGUUCCUAGCUUCUCUUGCAUCUCUGACCUUUGCAUACAUAUGAGCUGAUACCUGAGUCUAGCUUUACGAGAUAGUAUUCUGAUUCUUCUCUAUUCUUCCCUCCAACACACUUCCUUUGGCUGCAUAAUCUCCCCCAUCCAUUGGUAGGUUGAGCAUUUGGAAGUUUGGGGAAAUUUCUUACUAUUGCUAACUCUCUGUGCUUAGAGCCAUUAAUUAAAAAACACAUGGGUGAUGUACUGUAGUGAUUAGUUUCUGUCAACCUAACACAAAUCUAGACACACCUGGGAAGAAGGGACCUCAAAAACUGAGAAAUUGCCUCCAUCAGAUUGGCCUCUAGGUAUGUCUGUGGGGCAUUUUAUUGAUUGCUAGCUGAAGUAGAAAGGUCCCUAUCCACAGUGGACAAUGUGUGGACCUGGUCUGUGUAAGAAAGGUAGCUGAGCAGGCCAGGGGGACCAAGCCAGUGAGCAAUCAUUCCUCAGUGGCUUCUGCUUCAUCCAGAAGCCUUGAGUUCUUGGCUAAAAGUCUGUGACCUGUAAGAUGGUCACAAUGGCAGAAAGCUUGUUGGGACACAUCCACAGUAUAACCAGGCCUUCCUCCUCUAUUGCUGAGAACCUUAGAUGAAGAAAAGCUUUUUCCUCUCCUUAUGUUUGGUAAUGUAAGAGAUGAGCAGUUUGUUUGCUUCUUAAUACUUUUUUUUUUUUAAUAAUGAAUUGGUUUUCUGACAGCCUCCAAAGAUGAUUGAUUUCAUUGUAUCUUCAUGGUCAUGGAUUUUAAUAUGUUUAGUCUCAUAAUCUAUCGAAGAGUCAUUCUUUUUCAUGUUCCAAUUAUCUCCUUCUUGCCCAGUGGCUCAGGAAUUCUGACUAAACAAUCUCAUAGACUCAAUACCCCAUGCUGUUCCAGUUUCUAUUGCUCUGUACAAAAAGCUGUGCUCAAAACUGGUUGGUUUUUAAUCUUCCAUCACCCCACGGUUUGAUUUGUUACCAACUUCAGCAUCUGUAUUAAUUCAAUAAGCUCUUAUAGCAACUUACCAUAAAGUUACCGGCUCCGGCACUAUGGUGUACUCAGUUUUGGAUCUCUGACAUCAGAAUUGGAUCUGCAAUCUAAAAUCAGGCUGUGAGCAGGGCAAUGCUGUUCUCUGAGGCUCAAGGCAGAAUCUGUCAUUUUGAGUUUCUAGAGCCUGCUCAUCACCCUUAGUUUGGGGUCCCCUUCAUUUGUCUUCAAACCAGAGGUGACAGGUGUAUCUUCUACCUUGUUCUCUUCUAGUAGUAAGGAUUCUUGCAGUGACUAGGAGCUCACCCUAGUGAGGAUAAUCUCUUUAACUUUAAAGCCAGGUAGGUGAUUGGUAAUCCUGCUGUCAUUUGCUGUGUAACUCAGCCACAGAUCACAGGGAGACAGGAUGUCGGGAGUCAUUUUCUGCCUGCUACAAGGUGUUUGACGCAGUGCAGUCAUUUGCUAGGUGAGGUCAUAGCUAUCUCAAAGCUCAGCUUGGCUUGAUGGUUAAGAUGACUCCCUGGCACCAUUGGCAGAAGAUGCUGUCUGUUGGCUAGGAGCUCAUCUGAGCUGGACACCGGGUCAGACACGUGUGCUCUCCAUACGUGCUGUGUUCCAAGGAGAAACAGAGACACAAGCAUGUUAAAGUUCUGAAGCCUGUGAGGUGCUGCUGGAACUGGCCUGAUGUCUGUCUGCAAUCCUCAAAGUCACUCCAGUGCUCUCCCAGAUGCAAAGGAGCUGAGAAAUGAGCUCCCCCUAUCCAUGACAUAUGGCCAUGGCUGGCCUCCAUUAUAGAAGAGGUAUGUGAAUUACAAGAUAUUUUACCACCAUGUUUCAACUUUAUGUCACAUUUGUCACCGGGCAUAUCAGAACAAGCCAGGCUCCUUUACACUCUGUCUUCUAACCUAGAGUCAGAAUUCUCUCUAACAAGCUCAGGGUCUCAUUGGUAGGAAAUAGUAUGGCAGUACCUGAGUUACUGGAUUGACCUAUUCUAGGCCCUUUCUAUGAGCAUUGUUAGAAUAUAUAUUCAUGUGCAAGCGUGUACAUCCAUAUAUGCAUACACAUAUGCACUAAACAGGCCCAUAAGAUCACAUGUAUUAUUAAUCCAUUCUGUUAUUAUUUCUCAUUUAAAUCCCAUGGUGUGUUGCUUCAAGUCUUCCACUUUCAAAUGUAUUUUCUUUUUUUCCUUAUGGAGGCUUCGAAUGCUCACUGACAAGAAGUCCAAAUAUGACAUCAUUCCUCACUAUAUUAUCCCGCACUCUAUGCACAUGACAGACAAGAUAAAAUGCCAAUAUGACAGCCACAAAUUCUUCAGCUGUGUACAUCAUACUCUUUCUUCUUUUGUUAUACAUCCAUUAUAUUUCUAUGCUGGGAAUUAUGUAAAUCUUAUACACUCUCCAUUAGUUCCUAAGUUCUUUUCUAAAAUUUCGUCCUUUGCAAAUUCACUUGUAAAUAUAAUGGCAUAUGAUCAUAUAUCCCUCCAUUUCCCCCUCCAGCUCCACGUCUAACUCUUCCAGCCCCACAUACUUCAUCCAACUUCAUGUCCUCUCUUUUUAUUAAAUAAUCUACUAAGGGACUGGAGGGCUGCCCCAGAACUGGCUGUGCUUCCAUAGAACCCAGAUUGAAACCCAACUUCUGCUUAGCAAUUCACAAAUGUCUGUCUGUAGCUCCUGUUUAAGGGGCCGUCUCUCUGAUUCCCUCUCCUGGCUUUUGAGGGCACCAGGCACACAUGUGGUACACAGAUACACAUGCAGGCAAAACAUCCAUACACAUACAAUAUGAUUUUAAAAAUUAUAAAAAAUAACUCAUUAAGUCCAAUUCACGUUGACCAUAUAUGUGAGUGGGAAGCCCUCCACCUUCAUCUCAUUUUAUAAGUCAGCGCGUUUUGCAGAUGCCAGUGGGCGCCAUAUUAGCUUUCCAUUUGUCAUUCUGGUGGGCUGUGUCCUGGUUUAGGAGAGCUUCCUUAGGAGUUGCUUGUGGUAACUGUGUUUUGACUGUGUUAAUAACUCGGGGUUGGAGGCCUUUAUAGUUGCAAAUCGGUUUUCCCAGGGAAUAAAAUGCCAUAUUUACAUUUUCUUCCCUUAGCAUAAAUGUCAGGAGACGGGUUGUAAACGGUUUUCUUUCCCUGACAAUUUACUUCAUCUUUUUUUGCCUGACUGCACAAAGCUUUUCCCUGCUUUCCUUAUGAUGUAAUAGUCACUGGAUUCCUGCUGAUGCCAGGACCUUGGUGGCCACAGUCAGCAAAAGCAGUUCCCUCUUAUGACACAGAUUCAAAUGUAUUGCAGGCAGUGUUUAUAAAUUAUACUUCUUUAGUAUUUAUUGUAUUAGUAAAAUUUUUGUUUUCACCCCUCAGGGCCUCUUACUAUGCCAUUCUGACCAGUUUUCUCCCUGUCUCCUCAGUCCUUUCAUCUCAUUUCUUGAUGUGUAUUCAAGUUUAAGAAACUUCUUGCUUGGAAACAGUUUCCACACUACAGAUAAAUCUAAAAACCAAAAUGUAAUGCCUUUAGCUAGUCACAUACUGUUUUAAAUUCAAGGUGGUUUAUCAUUUUUGUGUUAUUACACCCACGUGUGGACACACACAUAUCCACAUACAUCCUCACAUGCAUGCACAUAUAGGUACAGAUACUCAUAGAUACUCAUGUGCACACAUUCUAUCCUCUUUCUCUGUCAGUUUUUCUCUGUCUCUGUCUCUCUCUUACACACAUGAAUGUGUGUGCAUGUGCACACACACACACACACACACACACUUUUUUUUUCCUUACCACUUGAGAGUAAGUUGUCCUCUCAGUCUGUGUCUGCUUACUAAAGGUAAGAAUGCUAGCUUUUCUAAGCACCAAAAAGAAAAAAAAAACAAAAAAAAACCAAUCCAGUGAAGUGUGUCACUGCUAUAAUACCUUCCAUUCUAGUCUCCAUGUCGCUGCUUUAUCCUCGGAUCUGUUUACAGCUUUUGUAGCAUCUUCCCUCACAUCAGGAUUCAGUCAGAAAUUGGCCAUUGAUUUUCAUUGCUGGCUCUUUUAAAUUCCUUUUAGUCUGGUCCAUCUCAGUCGCUUUGUUUUUUAGGAUAUUGGCUUUUUAUUUGUGGUAAAUAUAUGUAACGUAAAGGUGACUGCGUUCACUGAUUGUAAAGUGCACUCAAGUGGCACUGGGCUCCUUCAUAUUAUUGCUCCAACACUGCCUUUCCUCUCUAGAACUGUCACUUCAUCCUGCAACUCUGUACACACUAACCAAACCCACCUUCCUUCCUCCUUGAGCCACUCACUGACAGCCACUCCUCUAGUCUCUAUCCUCAUGAAUUUACUGUAAGUACAUCAGGUACAUAGAACUGUGCAUAAUUUAUUUGUGGGAGGAAGGUAUUUGACUGGCUUAUUCUAAAAUAAUCACCACAAUGCUUUCAUGGUUUAUCUGUAUAAUUCAUGAAUCAGAAUUUUAUUCUUUUUAAAGGCCGAAUAAUAUUUUGUCGUGUGUAUAUUUUAUAGAGAGCUAUUAUAAAUAUUAAUGUAUAGCUGGUUUAGAUCUCUGCUUUCGAUUCAUUUGAGGGCUAUUGAUAGAUGAUGUAAUACUUCUGCAUUUAAUGUUAGAAGAAUUUACCUGCUUCUUUCCCACAAUGUCCUCACCAUUUACACUCCCAGCAGGGAUAUACAGACGUUCCAAUUUCUCCACAUCAUUUGCAGCACAUGUUAUUCUACUUCCCGUCCCUCCUUUUGUACAAUAGCCACCCCAGUGGGUGUUCUUUGGUGUGUGGAUGGUUCAUUAUGAUUUCAACUUGCAUUUCCCUGGCAACUGGCCAUCUUUCAGUAUGUCUUGCCCAUUUGUAAGUCUUCUUUGAAUAAAUACAUAUUCAAGUCAUCUGCACAUUUUUGAGGUGGUUUACUUGUUUGUCAUUAUUGUCCUUAAGUAGUAGGAGAUAUUUCCAUAUUCUGGACAUGAAUCCUUUUAUUAAAUAAAUGGUCUGCAAAUAUUUUCUCCAGUUCCUUGGAGUUUAGAUUUUUACCCUGUUGAUGGUAUGAUGUUCCCUCCCUCCCUCUCUCUCUCUCCGCCCCACUCUCCCUCUCUUCCUCCCUGCCCCUCCCUUCCUCCUCUUUUAUUGCCUAUGCUUUUUGUGCCACAUGCAGGAAAUCUUUACCAAAUUCAAUGCCACAAUGCUUUCCCGCUGUUUUCUUCUAAGGGUUUUACAGUUUUAGCUUAUUUAUAUCGUUACUCCAUUUAGAAUGGUGCUCUUACAUGCUGUAAGACGAGAGUGCAUGGUUUAACAUGUAAUGAUCUAGCUUAACAUGUAAUGAUCUAGUUUCCCCAGAAUUGAUUGUUGAAAAAAUUGUCCUCAUUUCAUUGAUUUGUCUUAGGUCCCUUAUCAAAAGUCACGUGAGCAGACAUGUGAGGAAGAUUUUUCUUUUCUCUCCAGGCUAAUUCUCUAUUCUGUUUCACUUGUCUCAUGUGUCUGUCUCAUGAGCAAUAGACACGCCAACAUCAUACUGUUGGAUUGCUGUGACUUUGUGCUGUGUUUUGGGAUCAGGAAGUAUGCAACCUUCCAACUUUGUUCAUUUCAAGGUUAGUUUUGACAAUUUGAGGUCCACUGAUAGUUGCUAUAAAUUUCAGGAUGAAUUGAUUUCUACUUCGGCAACAUCAACCAAAACACCACUGGAGUGUUUAUAAGAAUGCACUAAGUCUGCUGGUCAUGUAUAGUGUGGAUAUAAUAUUACAUCUUCCGGCUCAAGAGCAUGAGAUAUCAGUCCAUUUGUUUGCCACUUUUCUUUCACUUCUCUCAAUGGUGUUUUGUAGCUCUUUCCUUUCCUUGUUUGCUUGGUGCCAAGUUUUACUAUUCAUUGGCCUGGAAGUGGCCAUGUAACAUAAGCUGGCCUAAAACUUUCAAUCCCCUUGCUUCGGUUUCCUAAAUGCUGGGAUUGCAGGCAUUACAACAUCCCGCAUCAGUUCAUAGUUUUUAUUGUAGAUCUUACAAUAAAAGUCUUUUACCUUCUUGACUAAGUUAAUUCCUAAGCGUUUACUUUUUAGAUUCCAUUGUAAAUGGGAAUAUUGUCUUGAUUUUCUUUUUAGACUGUUCAUUCUUGGUGUAGAAACAAAGCUGAGUUUUGCAUAAUGAUUUUGUAUCUUGGUACCUCACUGAAUUCAUUUAUGAUUUAUGAUGGAUCUAUUUUUUGUGGGAUCAUUGAAUUAAUUACUUGUAAUGAGGCAAUUUUUGUGUGAUUCCAGCUUUGUAGAUCUUCAAAUGGAACCAUUUUAUUUAUUCAA